UGCAAAAUAUUCCCGGCACCAAAAAAUGCCAGCACCCGCCGUUUCUUCUCCUGGCGCCCGCCCUGUUCCUAUUUCUAUCCUCGCCCUCGCCCUGAUCGGCCCUCGCCCUAGAGGGCCUCUGGCCCCGGUCCACAUACACACCUCGCAACUCACGCCAACCACGUCUUCUUCUUCACCACCCAAAAUGUCGGCGCUCUUCAAUUUCCAGUCGUUGCUUCUCGUCAUCCUCUUGGCGAUCUGCACCUGUACAUACGUCCAUGCCACCUGGCCCGCCUUGCUAGACAAAAACAAGAGCGGGGCGCUUGGCGUGUUUUGGAAGUUUGCCCGUAUCGGCGAGCGGCUCAGCCCGUACGUGGCGUUGGGGUGUUUUGUGAUGGCCUUCAAUGUCUUGAGCGCAUGA